AUGCCGAGUCCUAGCAGAGCCACACUUGAUCAGUCCCAGGGAAAGAUCGUGACGUCGUGCCUGAAAGUCGUCAGCGGCGUCACAAGGACACUUGGGCAUCUAUACUGGCAGCGUGGAUUCGUGCUUGCAGAGUCGCUGCGUCCUGAAUGGAGAGGUGCAGCCUCUCCCGAUGGAAACUUUACAGAUACGAGAUUUGCCUCGGUGUUUGCAUUCCGCACAGGUGAGCCAAUGAAGAUGGGAAACGAAGCUGCAUUAUUGUCGCUCUCACGACUGUCGCCGCUGACGUGGCUUGGAUUUCCUGGAUCGGGGACGAGGGACUCCGGCAUGCAAGAGUAG